AUGGCUUCUUUCCUUUACCCUGAGCCAGCCAACGCUGGAUGCCUUUCGUACGCCCCUGGUAGCGAAGAGCGAAAGCUCCUUAAACAUGCCUUGGCCGAAAUGGAAAGCACAACGGCGGAAGUGCCCAGUAUCAUCAACGGCGAACGCAUCUACUCUGGCCAAAAGAGUUCCCAAGUCAAUCCUUGGGAUCGCCACGGAAAGCCGGUGGCUGAAUACCACGAAGUUGACCGCGAGACCGUCAAGAACAAGGCGAUUCCUGGGGCCCUCGCAGCGAGGAAGAAAUGGAUGAAUAUGCCCUUCAGCCAAAGAGCUGCCAUCUACAAGCGUGCAGCCAGGCUGAUCGAGACCAAGUACAGAUGGAAGCUCAUGGCAGCCACAAUGAUCGGCCAGGGCAAGACUUGUGGUCAAGCUGAAGGAGACUGUAUAUCUGAAGUUAUCGACACGCUCAACUUUCACGUCUACUUUUGCCACCAGCUCUACCAACAGCAACCUCCCAAGCAGAGCGACUCAGCAUACAGCACCUUAGACUAUCGUCCAUUGGAAGGCUUCCUGCUUGCUAUCUCUCCCUUCAACUUUACCGCACUGGGUGUACACAUUGCCUUCACACCGGCCAUCUUGGGUAACGUGAUGCUCUGGAAGCCGUCUCCAAUGGCUGUUCUGUCAAACUACCUGAUGUAUCAAGUUAUGGAGGAGGCAGGACUUCCGGCGGGCGUAGUACAGUUUCUGCCUGUGGCUGACCCUAUGAUCGUCGUCGAACCCGCACUCGCCAGCCGAGACUUUUCUGGACUCCAUUACACCGGGUCCUCAGCAGUCUUGCGAAGCCUGGCCGCCCAAAUUGGAGUCAAUACUGCUACCUAUAAGACCUUCCCUAGGAUUGUGGGAGAGAGUGGUGGCAAGAACUUUCAUCUUGUCCACAAUUCUUGUAAAGACGAUGUUGAUUGGCUAGCGUCAGCGGCGGUGCGCUCAGCUUUUGAGUUCCAAGGACAAAAGUGUAGUGCCUUGUCUCGUUUCUUUGUUCCCAAAUCCAUGUGGGAGCAGGGCGACCUGAAAGAGGCGUUGCUCAGGGAAGCAGCCAAGAUGACACACGGAGACGACGUCAAGCAAUUGCAUCAUCCUCUUGGACCUGUUGUUUCCGAGGCAGCCUUUGACAGAUUUGGAGAUUUCUUGGCUACAGCCAAGAAGGAAGGGCAUCAGGUUAUCUAUGGCGGCAACCAAGACGGUAGUAAGGGUUUCUUUCUCCAGCCCACUAUUCUUGAGAUCAACAAGGCCGACCGAACUGCUAAGAGUCAAACCAUGACCAAAGAGCUUUUCGGGCCUUUGCUUGCCGUACAGACCUACGACGACGUUACUCCCUCUGGUUUCGAAGACGUUUGCGAGCUCAUUGAUAAAACUACCGAGUACGGUCUCGCAGGCUCUGUUUUUUCUCGCGAUCGAUAUGCCAUUCAGGUUGCGAACCACAACCUCAGAGAUUCUGUUGGCAUGUUCUGCAUCAAUGACAAGUGCACAGGGGCCGUCAUUGGCGCCAAUCCAUUUGGCGGAGCGAGGUCAUCAGGAACAAAUGACAAAGCAAACUCUGUCAAUGUUCUCCUUCGCUUCGCUAGUAUUCGAUGUGUCAAGGAUUCUUUUGAGACAGGGAGCGGUACACUGAGUGUUUGUCACAUCGCAGAGUAA